GAAGCAGCAGCCGACGGGAGCCUGGACCCUCGGCUGUCAACCGGGCAAAAUCGAGCUCCCAGACCAGAAGAGACGCCACUGCAUGAUCGCAUCGAUCAUUUUUCAAGAUGCCGCCGGCCCCAGAGGCAGACACAAUCCGCAUUCUAGUCUCAACCGAUAAUCAUGUUGGCUUCGAGGAACGAGACCCAAUCCGCAAGGAUGACAGUUGGCGGACCUUUGACGAAAUCAUGCAGCUCGCCCGCACUCGGGACGUCGACAUGGUGCUCCUCGGCGGCGAUCUUUUCCACGAUAACAAGCCGUCCCGCAAGGCCAUGUACCAGGUCAUGCGCUCGCUCCGGAAGAACUGCCUCGGCAUGAAGCCUUGCGAGCUCGAGUUUCUCAGCGACGCCGCCGAGGUCUUUGAGGGCGCCUUCCCACACGUCAACUACCAGGACCCCGACAUCAACAUCUCCAUCCCCGUGUUCUCGAUCCACGGAAACCACGACGACCCCAGCGGCGACGGCCACUUCUGCUCCCUGGACUUGCUGCAGGUGGCGGGGCUGGUCAACUACUUUGGCCGCGUGUCCGAGGCAGACAAUAUCCACGUGAAGCCGAUACUGCUGCAAAAGGGCAAGACGAAGCUUGCCCUGUACGGUCUGAGCAACGUGCGCGAUGAGCGCAUGCACCGCACAUUCAGAGACAACAAGGUCAGGUUUUACAGGCCAAACCAGCAAAAGGCCGACUUCUUCAACCUGCUGGUGCUGCACCAAAACCAUUACGCGCACACUCCUACCAGCUACCUGCCCGAGAACAUGCUGCCAGACUUCUUGGACCUCGUCAUCUGGGGCCAUGAGCACGAGUGUCUCAUUGAUCCCCAGCGGAACCCCGAAACCGGGUUCCACGUCAUGCAGCCAGGCUCGUCGGUUGCCACAUCCCUGGUUCCCGGCGAAGCUGCCACCAAGCACGUUGCAGUCCUCAAGAUCACGGGUAAGACCUUCGAGGUUGAGAAGAUUCCCCUCAAGACGGUCCGGCCUUUUGUCACUCGGGAGAUCGUUCUGGCCAAUGACAAGCGCUUCAAGGGGCUGGAGAAGAAACAGGACAAUCGUCAAGAUAUCACAAAGCGGCUCAUGUUGAUUGUGGAGGAAAUGAUCGAGGAGGCUAAUGCGGCUUGGCAAUCAAUACACGGCGGGGAUGAUGAGUUGGACAUCGACGAGCAGCAGCCGUUGCCUCUGAUCCGGCUCAAGGUGGAAUACACAGCCCCCGACGGCGCAAAGUUCGAGGUCGAAAAUCCUCAGCGCUUCUCCAACAGGUUCGCUGGGAAGGUGGCAAACCAGAACGACGUCGUCUACUUUUACCGCAAGAAAACGGGGACAGCAAGGAAAACCAAGGAUAUGAAGGCACUCCCCGCGGGCGUGGCGGAAAAUCUCGGGUCCAUGGAUACGAUCAAAGUCGACACGCUGGUGCAGGAGUUCUUUGCCCAACAAUCACUCAAGAUCCUGCCGCAAGCGCAGUUUGGAGACGCGGUCAACCAGUUUGUCAGCAAGGACGACAAGCACGCGAUAGAAAUGUUUGUUAUGGAUUCGCUCUCUGCCCAGGUCAAGGGGCUGCUGCAGCUGGACAGUGACAAGAUUACCGAGGGUCUCGACUCUCAUAUCGAGGAAUUCCGGAAAGUCAUGGAGCAAAACUUCAUCUCGGGCCAGCAAAAGCAAGCACAGCGGAAAAGGAGGUUCAAAGAGAGGCCGGAACACUGGGACUCGGACCUGGAUGGUCACUGGACAGCUCAGGCGGACGCGAUCGAAGAGGUUCCCGGGUCCCCGGAUCCUGCCAUCAGCCGGCCGGGCCGUGCCCGGCCCACCUCCGGGGUUGCGUCCAAUGAUGAGGAUGGCGAGCUGUUCGGUGAGGAGCCUGCAGCAGGAGCCGCUGCGCCUCGGCGGACGGCGACUGCAGCUACAGGAACGUCGAAGAGGGCAGCCUCUGCCCAGAAGACAGCGGCUCCUGCAAGGAAGGCGGCCGCUCCCAAGAAGGCUCCUGCGCGUGGUCGCAGGAAAGUGAACCCAUUCCACGACAGCGACGACGAAGAAGAAGAGGAAGACGUGAUCAUGGAAGAUGACGAUGCCGAGCCAGAGCCUCCUGCCAGAGCGCCACCCCCCAAGCCCACGCGGGAGACUCGGGCCCGAGGACCUGCCAAGACUCGCCAAACCACACUGAACUUCUCGCAAUCCCAGAAGCCGAAAGCGGCGCAGAACGCAAUUGAGAUCAGCGACGACGAGAUUUCUGACGAUGAUGCGUUCGAGUCGAUGCCACAGACGAGAAGCAGGCGGCGUUGACGGGGUAGGGCACAGGCGUGACUUGAGAUGACUUGUCAAUGUCGAUAGGAGAUGUCCCUUCUACUUGGCUGUACCUCAGUACGAAGCUUUGGCAGAGCAGAUUAGAGCAAAACCGCAGUCAAGCGCCCUGUGAAGACUGUCCUGGCUGUCCCCGCGUUUGCGUCAAACCAACCCUUGCAGUAAAGUAACUGAUGACUAGGAGGGAGAGUACAGAGUCACCACUUAGGUACACCUUAGUCCUUCUAAUCAAUCACGUGACUC